AUGUUUGACUCUGACUUGUCCGAGAAUGAAAAACAUUUUAAAAAUGUUUAUGAAGGAGUCCCUAAGAAAAUUGAUGGUGAUGGCGAUGAUGACGACGGUAAAUCGGCUGAGGAUGUUUCUGAUACAGACUCAGAUUCUGCCAAUGAAAAAUACAAGGCGAUUCCUGACCUAACAGCUGAUCAAAUACGAGGCCUAAAGUUUUGUUCUUCGUUGGAUGCUCUCAAAUUUUACUCCAGCUAUACCAAAUCUUAUGGGUUCGUGGUGAGGAAAUAUGAAGUCCGGAGAGAUGAACGAAAGAAUGUUGUAAUGAGACAGUAUGUAUGCAAUAAAGCGGGGUUAAGGGAAUCAAAAUACUUCACUAUGGUUAGGAAAAGGUCUCAUAGACCCCUUACUCGCACUAAAUGUCAGGCUAGGCUUCGGAUACGCUUGGAUUACAGGACUUCAGAAUGGAAGGUGGUGUCGUUUGUGGAGAAGCAUAACCAUGAAGUCACCCCGUCGAAAUAUAUGCAUGUCAUACCGGCUUACAGAAUAUUGAGUGAAAGUGACAAAGCUUAG